UUGUUUCUUAUAGAAUAUAUUGGAGAAAAAAAGAGAUUCUUUUAAAUUUGUGGAAUCCUUCUCCUCACUCUCUACUAAACUGAUGCAAAGGAUUAGACUAUAAUUCCAUUGGAUUAUACCUUUGAAAACUAAGUAAAAGACAAUGGCUCUGAGUGGAAAUUGCAGGAGUUACUAUCUUUCAAAAGAACAAGGGACAGUUCCCAACUCCUUCCCUGAGGUUGUGGAACUGAAUGUUGGGGGCCAAGUUUAUUUCACUCGCCAUUCCACCUUAGUAAGUAUCCCUCACUCUCUUCUGUGGAAAAUGUUUUCUCCCAAGAGAGACACUGCUAAUGACCUAGCCAAGGACUCCAAAGGAAGAUUCUUCAUUGACAGAGAUGGAUUCUUGUUUCGCUACAUUCUGGACUAUCUCAGGGACAGGCAGGUGGUCCUGCCUGAUCACUUUCCAGAAAGGGGCAGACUGAAAAGGGAAGCUGAAUAUUUCCAGCUACCAGAUUUGGUCAAACUCUUGACACCUGAUGAGAUUAAGCAAAGCCCAGAUGAAUACUGCCAUAGUGAUUUUGAGGAUAUGUCCCAAGGGAGUGACACAAGAAUAUGUCCACCCUCAUCCCUACUCCCUGCUGACCGUAAGUGGGGUUUUAUAACUGUUGGAUAUCGAGGGUCAUGCACCAUGGGCCGAGAGGGUCAGGCAGAUGCCAAGUUUCGGAGAGUUCCACGGAUUUUGGUUUGUGGAAGAAUUUCCUUAGCAAAAGAGGUCUUUGGAGAAACUUUAAAUGAGAGCAGAGAUCCAGACCGUGCUCCAGAGAGAUACACUUCCAGAUUUUAUCUCAAGUUCAAACAUCUGGAAAGGGCUUUUGAUAUGUUGUCAGAGUGUGGAUUCCACAUGGUGGCCUGUAAUUCCUCAGUGACAGCUUCUUUUGUCAAUCAGUACACAGAUGACAAGAUCUGGUCCAGCUACACUGAAUAUGUCUUCUACCGUGAACCUUCCCGGUGGUCUUCCUCACACUGUGACUGCUGUUGCAAAAAUGGCAAGGGUGACAAGGAAGGGGAGAGUGGUACCUCAUGCAAUGAACUCUCCACUUCUAGCUGUGACAGCCAGUCAGAAGCCAGCUCCCCACAGGAGACUGUCAUCUGUGGGCCAGUGACUCGCCAAUCCAACAUCCAGACUCUGGACAGGCCCAUCAAGAAAGGCCCUGUGCAGUUGAUCCAGCAGUCAGAGAUGCGUCGGAAAAGCGACUUGCUUCGAACUCUGACCACUGGCUCAAGGGAAUCUAACUCGGGCAAAAAAAAAGCUGUGAAGGAAAAGCUCUCCAUUGAGGAAGAGCUAGAAAAAUGUAUCCAGGAUUUUCUGAAGAUAAAAAUUCCAGAUAGGUUCCCAGAAAGGAAACACCCUUGGCAAUCUGAACUGUUAAGAAAGUACCAUCUAUAGGAGAAGGCUGGGGGGGCGGGGUAGGGAAAAACACAUUUUAUCAUUUCCAAAUAAACAUCAUACAUAAGAAUAUUCAUACUUUAAAAGGAAAAAAAAAAUAAGAAUGUGUUAGGUCACAACAGUUCAUUGAUCUUGUACUGCCUAAUUUGCCUAGUUCACCUUCUCAUGUAAAGUCACAGGGUAAUUGAUUUUUUUUCCCCAGAUGUGAAAGCACAAUGAAAAUACUAUUUGUUUGUGAGCUGUAGUACACACAUUGAAAAUGUUACACAUGAGACACAAAUAGUUACAGCAGCAACUAAGAGAAUCUGGUGUUCAUCUAUUCCAAGCCAAGUGUUCCUUGUUUUUCCCCCAGUGGAAAGGGCCACUGAAUGGGAAGAUGAAGAACAAGAGGUUUGUCUGAUAAUGUAUUUGAAAUUUUUAAUUUUGCUUUUUACUUUGUUUAUGGGGGAAAAGAAGGGGCUUUUGGACUUUUUACUUAAACCUAUACUAUUCGGUUUAUAUUGCCUAUAUUAUUUGUAUAUGUUUAUUUGUGUGUAUGUGUGUGUAUAUGGAUAGGUACACACACACACACACACACACACACGUAUACAUGCUUCAUAAAAGCCAAGGUCAGGAAAUGUUUGUGAGGUCACUUAAUCUAAUCCCCUGCCUCCUGACAGGACCUUUCAUUCUAUAAUGAGAAUCUAUUCAAUUUUUAAAUUCUCUUCAAAGAAGGAUUUUUCAUGUCCUUUUUUGGGAUACCAUUGCAGUGAUGAAUAAAUCUCAUCAAUAGUUAAUCCUUUAUUUACCAACUAAUUCCGCACCUCAACCUAGGGCUGAAAUUGUUUUCUAUGUUUGGGGUGGAGGGAGGAGAGCUGGUAGUCAUUUGUGUAUAAGCCUUUUGUACACUUGAAGACCAUUAUUAAAUCAACCUUUAACCUCUUUGAUAGGAGAAUAUAUACCUAAUUUUCCCAUCCUUUAGACAUCUUUGUGGCCUUUAAACUAAACUUGCUUCCAGCUCUCCAAAUUCCUCUUUAAUGGUAGGACCAAAAACUGAGUAUGACACUACUCUCAGGUCUUCGCCGCUGCUGAUUAUAAUACAGGAAUUGAAGUUAAGUGUUACUAUAUGCUUUAUCAUUAUUUAUUAUUAUUUUUUUUUUUUGCUGAAUCCUAGUGACACAAUGACAUAUAUUAUGGUUCUUUUUAAAAAUUUUUCUUAACUACAGUGCUAUACUGCUGACGACUAAAGUCAUUUUGGUGUUUUUUUGUUUAUCCUUGAAAUGUGAAGCUUUGGUUAAGCCCGUACUUCCUGAGGAAGAGCCUUAGCAAAUUCCCUGCUGAAGUUACCUAUGUAGAGAGCCAAACUGGAUAAUUGAAAUUCCUGAAUGAGUAUUUUGGUUCAUUGAGCUACCUAUCUAUAUUUCAUUAACUGGAUUGCUACCAGAGAUCAAGAUCACUAUGUUCUGCUUAGACACAGUCAAGAUGUAACUAUUGAUAGCUAUCUUUGUCUUAUUUGCUAUGGAUGCUCUAUUACCUUUGACAGGAUUGAAUUUUGGGAUUGAAGACUUUUUGCUCUUUCUGUUCUGAACAGUACAUGGAUUUUACUGAGAAUGGGAGAGGAUAUUUCAUUGUCAAUUAUUAACUUGUUACAAGUAGAAAACUUUUUUUAAAAAAAGAAAAUAUGUAUGUAUAUGUCAAGGAAGGAAUUUGGUUAUCAGCAGAAUCAAAACACAAUGAUUAAUGUAUUUAUUGUUUCUAUUUACAAAUCUAUUCCAAGGCUAACUGUUUAAAAGAUUCUGUUCAAUUUUAGUUAGUAGUAAAUGAAUGUCCAAAAUCUCACAAGAAUUAUAUUUCACAAUAUUAUCUCAUCAGGUCAAAUUUUUUUUAAUGUAUUUGCAUCUCUAAUUAAUUGUUAAUUCUACUUAAAGGUUUUGAGAACUAAGAUGUCAACAGAAUCAUUUAUAGAUUUGCUACAUGUUCUCUACUACAUAAGGCAGUGGAUAGUCAGUCAUUAGCUAUAACAUAUCUUUAUUCUGUCUUUUCAUUAAUUGUAUUCAGAAUGAUUAUUUUUUUUUCAAUGUCAGUGAACGUCAGAUUAAAAAAAUAACAUCUAAAUAACUGAGGAUGAAGGAAGAUUCAGAUUUCAAAGAAUCAAGAGCAAAUUCAAAUGGUAAAGACCAUCCUAAAACCCUCUAUGAUGAAAUAAUUUUUCAGGCCUCCCAAACAAUCCUAUCAAAUAAUCUGGGCCAAAAAUAUUUAUUGAUUCCAACUCCUUUUCUACUCAUAUCUAAUUCAACAAGGUACACUUUGAAGCCUCAAGUAACUGGCAUAAGAUAAAGAGUUAGAAGAGCAGACAACCCCUAACUUUUGCUGCAUGCUUUUAAGCAGGAAAUGAACUAUUGCAAUAUAACUUAAUUUAAAAUCACACUUUUUUUCCUUUUAUUUACCUAAUCACUUAGCAAUAGUAUCUACUUGCAAACAUCUUCCUUUUAGCUUCACUAAUAGGAAGGAAACCAUCUUUUAGAACACAGACACACACACACAC